UGUGUCCCAUACGGGUAUCUGCCUUGAGACUGAGCAGAGGCGGGAAAUGGCGCCUGGUAACACAACGAUGUGUCAUUUCGGAGACGGCCCUUGAGUAGAUGUAUACAGAAAAAAGUCGGAUCAGAUCACGAAAACAACCAUUGCCACCGUUGUGAUGGUUAAUCGGUCGUGAGUCACUAUCUCCUUUUACUGCGGAUCGCCGUAAAGUGGCGAACUGAACGUGUUUGUAUGCAACAGUUGAUGAAUAAGAUCCAAUCAACGGCACUGGUAAAGAUAACGUUGACUGGAACAACAGCUCAUUUUGGAUAAGCCUUACAUGUGACUGCUAAAACAAUGAGGCUGAGAAUGCGUAAGGCGUCUCAGCAGACGAACCCCAGUCUGGCAAGCCGCCCAUCCCGUACCAAGCGGAGGCAUUCAGAAGUAGAAGAGGACACUCCUACUAGUGGAGGAAGGAGCUUGUUCUCGACCAUUAAGAAGUUCAUUAGAGGAAAUGCUGUCAAGGUGCAACAAGAGAGUCCAGCCAAGAAGACACGUCUCCACUGUGAUGUGGACAACAAUUUGAUCACUUCCACCACCCCAAACUCCAAUGCCCCUCGCAAGACUAUCAGUAGGGUUGGCAGGAGAGGUGCCCUCAAUGGACAGGCAACCAAUCAUGACAGGAGUAAGGAGAAGCCCAACGGCAGUCUGGAAGAGUCAAUGGCCGUUGAGGUGACCAACAGCCCUCCCAGAACCACCCUUCUUGGGACCAUCUUCUCUCCUGUUUUCAACUUCUUCUCACCAGCUAAAAAUGCCUCUUCUGGCUCAGACUCUCCAGACCAGGCAUUAGAGGCUGAGGAAAUAGUCAAACAGUUCGACAUGGAGCAGUCUGUGGAGACCCCCACCAGCACAGUCACAUCCACACAGGAAGUGUGUGCCACCACUAACUUUUACUCUAGUGUACCACAGCUGCCACCUCUGCGGCCUCCGCACAUCUCUGAUGUAUCUCCUACAGCAGGGGAGGGCGAGCUUGAAGCUGAUUCUGACCUUCCACCCCUCACAGCUCCAGGCUCCAGUCCAGAUAUGGCAUAUGUGGACUCUCCUCCCACAACGGUACCACCAGAGGCAUCCUAUGAGGAAGACUGGGAAGUCUUUGACCCGUAUUUCUUCAUCAAGCAUGUCCCUCCGCUGACAGAAGAGCAGCUCACCCGUAAGCCAGCCUUGCCACUGAAGACACGCAGCACGCCUGAAUUUUCUCUGGUCCUUGACCUGGAUGAAACAUUGGUUCACUGCAGUUUAAAUGAGUUGGAGGAUGCGGCACUUACCUUCCCUGUCCUCUUUCAAGAUGUCAUUUACCAGGUGUAUGUACGCCUGAGGCCGUUCUUCAGAGAGUUUCUGGAGCGCAUGUCUCAAAUCUAUGAGAUCAUCCUUUUUACAGCUUCUAAAAAGGUGUAUGCAGAUAAACUGCUCAACAUCUUGGAUCCUAAAAAGCAGCUAGUGAGACACAGGUUGUUUCGUGAGCACUGCGUCUGUGUCCAGGGAAACUACAUCAAAGACCUCAACAUCUUGGGCAGAGAUCUGUCAAAGACCAUCAUCAUUGACAAUUCACCGCAAGCCUUUGCAUAUCAGUUGUCCAAUGGGAUUCCCAUAGAGAGCUGGUUCAUGGACAAGAAUGACAAUGAGCUGCUGAAGCUGGUGCCCUUCCUGGAGAAGUUGGUUGAGAUGAAUGAGGAUGUGCGGCCACACGUUCGGGACAGGUUUCGGCUUCAUGACCUGUUGCCCCCUGAUUGAACUUGACCAGUCUCUCAGAUCGGGACAACAUGAAAAGACUAAAAGCAACAUGCGUGUAAAAAGCCCCUCUUUGGAUUACAAACUACAACAUUGCCAUUACUGUUAAAAUUUUAGCCUUUUUUCUUCCUUUUUUUCGUUUUAAUUUUUGUUUUUAAAUCCACCCUUGCUUUUUAAAAAAAAAAAGAAAAAAAAAAACUUCAAAAGAAAAAACAUUUUUAAAGAUCUGGGUGAAAUUUUCUAAGUAUCUAAAUGUAUAGGUGAAAUUACACACAGUAUGAACAAGCCCAGGUAAACGCCUCUUUUUGACUGACUCUCAUGCUGUGGAGCCGGAUGAUGUCUCCACACUAAAUUCUGAAGUCUUGGUGCUGGUUUAGUAGGUAUGAAAAUGCCACCUGGAAAAGAGGAACUCCACCCCAGCUGAGUCCCUGAACCCAAACCAACCCCUGGUGCUCACGCUGUUGACACUGACAAAUAACGACACUCUGAGGCUACAGACCAUUUUCAGCAGGAAUGACUGGCCUGUAAAUCAAUCUGUGCAUGUGUGUACGUUUACUCCUAGCCACACACUCACGCCCACUGAUUUGGUGUUCUGCAAACCUACAGUCUGUAGCCUUUAAAAUCAUAUGCAUUCCUCUGUAGCUGAGUCAAGUUUCUAUUGUUGGUUGCAGAUUUUUAUUUUUUUUUUUCUGGUAAAACUGUUUCCUUUUUUUU